AUGGGUAAGGGCGGCAAUUUUAAGUUUUUGCCCCGCCUAGGAAAAAUGCUAAAUCCGGCGCUGAUGCUCAUUCAUACUGGAGAGAAACCUUAUGUGUGUGAAGUAUGUAAGAUGUCCUUUAGACAAAAGGUUGGUUUGAAAAUGCAUAUGUUUAUUCACACAGAGAAACCUCAUGUCUGUGAAGUAUGUAACAAGUCAUUUAGUCAAAAGGGGAAUUUAAAUGAGCAUAUGAUUAUUCACACGAGAGAGAAAGUUUAUAUGUGUGAAGUAUGUAUGACAUCAUUUACGGGAAAUAAUAGUUUAAAGAUCCAUAUGCUUAUUCACAUUGGAGAAAAACCUCACAUGUGUGAAGUGGGUAUGAAAUUAUUUAGACAAAAGUAUAGCUUAAGACAGCAUAUGCUUACUCACACAGGAGAGAGACCUCAUGUUUGUGAACUAUGUCAGAAGUCAUUUAAAAAAAGGAUUAAUUUAAAUAAUCAUAUGUUUAUUCACACUGAAGAGAGAGUCCAUGUAUGUGAAAUAUGUAAAAAGUCAUUUAAACUAAAGCAUCAUUUAAAUAAGCAUAUACUUAUUCACACACGAGAGAAACCUCACAUGUGUGAACUAUGUAAGAAAUCAUUUCAUCAAAGGUAUAGUUUAAACAAACACGUGCUCAUUCCCACCCAGAAACCUCAUAUGUGUGAACUACGCAAGAAGGCAUUUCAUGUAAACGAUAGUUUAAACAAGCAUAUGCUUAUUCACGUACUCAAGAAACCUCAUAUAUGUGAGGUAUGUAAGAAGACUUUUAGUGACAAAGAUAGUUUAAACAAGCAUUAUGCUUAUUCACGAAGGAGAGAAACCUCAUGUGUGUGA